UGGCUCGUGCCUUGUGCCUUGUGUUUCCAGCCAAUUGAUCAACGCUGUUGAUGUUCCCGUACUCGAGAGGCUUCGAAUCUGUGUGACGAGCUGUCUUCGCCCAUCGUUUAUGUGUUUCCAACGCCGCAUCCCAUCCUCGACUGCCCCCUCGAAAUCCUAGAGCAGCUCUGAUUCCGAAACACGGAGCCUGCUGUCGUCUGCGCAUUAUCGCACAGGCUUUGACGCGGAAUCCACACGCGACCCACUAAAGAAGCUGUCGUAUAUGGAUGAUACAGACCUAAACACUGCUUUCCACGAUGAAGCCCCCAUGGCCGAUGACUCGACCUUUUUGGUACCGCACAAGUCGACAGCCUGAUGCUGUGAUACAACGCUAAUGACUACCCAGCCCCGUGGCAUCGAGACCUUCACUCGCAAGGUCACCGCGACAGCGAGCCAUCUAGUUGGCCCUCUGGCCGACCCAUCUUCGACUCAGUAUCAAGGCGCCAUGGCCGAGGUACACAGGCACAUGAAGCGCCCGGCUAUUCAAAAACGCAUGUUCUCCAUGGCCAAGACAACUCCGACCGACCUCGUGCGCUCCAACUUCUCGACGUCGGAGAUCCAGACCCGCGCCCUGUCGUAUCUUUCUGAUGACAUGCUGCAGAACAUCCCCGACAACGAAAACUCAUACUCGUUGUUUCAGGGCUUCCAAGCCUCGUUCCCAGAGCUGAGCAAUGACGGCAGGAAGCAUAGGCGGAGGGUGUCCAGGGGGCGAAAAAUGAUCGAGGACGUACCGAGUACUCCAGACACCCCCGCCGGCCUGCACAAACUCAAGAAGGAGCGGUCUUCGUUGAUGCACGAACUUGACAUGCUAGGAAUACGAAAGAACAUGGCUAGUGCUGAAAUACGAGAGGUUGACAACAAGAUCGCCAAUCUUCACGGCAUGCGGCGGAUUAUACUGGAGAGGCUGGCUGGUCUGGAACAAGAGGAGGCACUGUUGGAACACGAUAUUGUCGACAUGGAAGCCCGCAUAGACGACGCACAGUUACUUGUGGAAGAGGCCGAGUCGGUAGCUGCAGCCACUCCCACCAAGGAUGAUGAUGACGAUGACGACCUAGUAACGGACAAGGCAGCCGACGACUUUAUGUCUCAAUCUAUUUACGAGAAGCUGCCUUCUGCUUCCAGCACACCUACGAAACCAAAGCGCGCCAAGGUGAUCAAGCGGAAAUCUAUGCCCGUCCUUCACGAGCAUUUCGAACCCGGAACGGCCAUUCGCGAGAUCAAGGCCCACGGAGACAACAUCACUGCCCUCGACUUCGAUGUACCUUUCGGUACCAUGGUUUCCGCCGGCAUGGACGACACAAUAAAGGUAUGGGAUCUGAACGCCGGUCGCUGCAUUGGCCUUCUCGAGGGCCAUAUGGCCUCUGUACGGGCACUGCAACUUGAAGACAAUGUCCUUGCAACCGGUGGAGCCGACGCAACAAUUCGUUUGUGGGACUUGAGCAAGGCGCAUUACGAUCCUCAAGGCAAUAUUGGCAAUGAGGAGGACGACGGAAUCGCUUUUGAGAACCCGGAUGAUCAGCCUGUGGACCCCCCUGCAGGGAGCAUGCGCGACUGUGCGCUCUUCACGUUGGAAGCACAUGUGGAUGAGAUAACGGCUUUGCAUUUCCGCGGAGAUGUUCUUGUGUCAGGAUCAGCAGAUAAAACCCUCAGGCACUGGGAUCUGGAAAAGGGCCGUUGCGUACAAACACUUGAUGUGAUGUGGGCAGCAGCGCAGGCGUCCGCGUCCAUGGGCUCGGCAGAGGGCGCUUGGAGGCAGACUGGCCGCUCAGCAGCCGGAGUCAGCCGCGAUGCUGACUUUGUUGGUGCCCUUCAAGUCUUUGACUCUGCAUUGGCAUGUGGCACAGCAGAUGGUAUGGUGCGGCUCUGGGAUUUGCGCAGUGGCCAAGUCCAUCGAAGCCUGGUUGGUCAUACCGGACCAGUCACUUGCUUACAGUUUGAUGACGUUCACUUGGUGACUGGCAGUUUGGACAGAAGCAUACGGAUAUGGGAUCUACGAACAGGAUCUAUAUUCGAUGCUUACGCCUACGACAACCCCAUCACAAGCAUGAUGUUUGACAGCAGACGUAUCGUUAGCGCAGCACAAGAAGAUGUAGUAAAGGUGUAUGAUAAACUUGAGUCGCGACAGUGGGAGUGCGGCGCUGGCAUUACGCAGGCAGAGGAAAACAAAACUCCAGCGAUUGUCGAGCACGUGCGUAUCAAGGACGGUUAUAUGGUCGAAGGCCGCCAGGAUGGCAUCGUUGGUGUAUGGACGUGCUAAAUCGACUUUGUAUAAUACUGUAAAAGCAUUGUAUCCACAAUGCCACGGCAAACGAAGCAGAACAUUUUACUCAGCUGUGCGUAGUUCGAUGUUCCAUGCUAGCAAGAUGGGACCUUUUCUGGAACUGUAUCAUGUCCACCAUGUCGCUUUGUACCCUUGGUCGAGGAACUGC